GGCCAGUGCGUGCCCAACGUGAGGUCAUGGACGCAUGGUUGCACAGGAUCCCUGGAGAGGAGCCGCUUCUCCUGACCAGCAUCCCCUCGGGAAUAUAACUAACCAAGAGAUCUGUCCAUGAUCCUUCCUCUUUUUCCAUUCAACCAGCCUUCGUUCACUCAUUCCCUCAACCACUCCAACGGACCAUAGUCACUCUUUCUGCUUCGGCACCACAGUCACUCUUUACUCCAAACCCUCAUCAUGAAGGCCACCGGUAUCAUCUCGGUCGCCACUCUGGCGACCGCGGCCUCUGCCGCCCCUCUGCUCGGCGGCGUCCUCGACACCGUUGAGGGCGUUGUCGGCGGUCUCCCCAUUGUCGGUGACAUCCUCGACCGUGUCCCCGUCACCGACCUCCUCGACGGCAUCUUCGCCCGCCUGCCUGUUGACCAGCUCGUCGACAGCCUGCCCGCCCAGGACAUUGUCCAGCAGCUCCCCAUUGGCGAGAUCGUCCAGCAGUUGCCUCUGCAGAACAUCAUCGACACCGUCAACUCGGGCGUCGGCAGCGUGGCUGACAUCCUCCCCGUCAAGCGUGGCUACGUCGGCAACGCCAUCUCCGGCGUCCCUUUGGUCGGCAGCAUCCUCGACUCGCUCGAUGUCACCGACCUGCUUGACGGCAUCCUCGACAUCCUCCCCGUCGAGGGCAUUGCCCAGCGCCUGCCCGCUCAGGACAUCAUUGACAGCCUCCCCGCUGAGGACAUCAUCGCCCGCCUUCCCAUCAAUGAUGUGGUUGCGAACAUCAAGGUUGCCGCCAAGGCCGACGUCAGCGUCAACAAGCGCGCCGCCGUCGACCUUCCCGUCGAGCUCCCUCUCGUCAAGGCCAUCCUCGACCGCAUCCCUGUCACUGACCUCCUGAACGGUGUCGUUGCCCGUGUCCCUGUCAAGACCAUUGUCGCCCAGCUCCCCGUCAAGGACGUCGUUGCCCACCUCCCUGCUGCCGACAUUGUCAAGGCUCUGCCCGUUGCCAACAAGGUUGCCAGCCGCAACGUCCAGCAGCUCAACGUUGUCACCGUCCUCGAGCAGAGCGUUGUCAAGGUCAAGGAGCACACCAAGGUCAUCAACGUCACCCUCGAGAAGGUCGACAGCGAGACCACCAACGUCCAGGACGCCAGCAAGAUCAUCUACGAGCAGGUUUCCCAGCUCAAGGUUGUCCUCGUCGACACUGUCAAGGUUGUCACCAACGAUGCUGCCCUUCCCCUUGUCAAGGUCGAGGUCGAGGAUCUUGUGGCGGUCGUCAAGACCCUCGUCGAGGAGAUCCUGACCACCGUCCUCAACCUGGUCAAGGCCCUUGGUCUCCGCACCAAGAUUGUUACCCUCCUCCACGAGAUCUUCGCCCUCCUGGCCGACCUCCUUGGCCUCCUGGUCGACAUCACCUCCGACCUCGUCCCCAGCGUUGUCGAGAUCUUGGACACCUUCCUCAGCGGCCUCAAGGACGGCGUCCUGGUCCCUGUUGCCACUCCUCUCAUUGCCUUCACCGUCGGCCUCGUCCAGUAAAUAAUUAGAGUGCUUGCAUGAAGCAAGGCGUUCAAUAGGUUUGGUCUUCGGCCUUUUGUGACCACGAGUCUAUGAGGGUCAGCAGUAAUCGGUUCGAGGCGGGCGGU